AAACUCUGAGGGUCCGUAUUUUACAUUGGCAGGUGUUAUUACUGAGUUGCGUUAUUCCAAAUAUCAAAAACGCAUGUCGUCACUAACGUCCGUUUGUUUUCAAUGUUUUGGCGGAUAUUUUUACAAUUUAACUAGAAACGGACGUUUGAAAAAGAACUAUUAUAAAACAAUAGAAAAUGGAAAGAUCCAGGAUGAGUCGAGUGUCCAAUAGUAAUAGGCUCUCUGAGCUUCCUCAGAGAAUUGAAAACAGCAGGGUCAGCAUGGUUUAUGCAACACCACAGAACAAACAACCAUCUUUCGGGAAGUUGAACAUUCCUAAACCACAGUCUGUCUCAUCCGACAGAAGAACGAGCUUUUUCGGGAGUCGGACCAGUGGGGCUGGCAUGGCUCGCAACAGCAAUUUUGGCACCUUUGGUGGUGUAGAAAAGAUGAAGGAUCCGCGUCCACUACACGACAAGGGCUAUGUUCAGCAAUGCAUCAGACAGUUGUGUGAGUUUCUGUCAGAGAAAGGUUUUUCAGGUUUAACUGCCAAGUCUCUCCAGUCGCCCUCCACCAAGGAGUUUCUGAAGAUGUUUGAGUUCAUCUACUGCCUCCUGGACCCCACCUUUCAAAUGCCCACCUCCAAAGUGGAGGAGGAGGUCCCUAGGAUUCUCAAAGACCUGGGGUAUCCGUUUGCCCUCUCCAAAAGUUCCAUGUACUCAGUGGGGGCACCUCAUACCUGGCCACAGGUGUUGGCCGCUGUCAUCUGGCUCAUUGAUGUUGUAAAGAUCUAUUGCUGUGAAAGUGAAGUGGACUUGCUUUAUUCUGACUUCUCGGAUGGCAACACAGAGAUGGAAGAGGGUGUCGAGUUCAACAAGCUCUUUCUUGAUUAUGUUGCUGAAACCUACAACAAGUUUAUGCAAGGACUGGAUACCUUUGACGAUGAGGACGAGGACUACCUCCAUAAUCUAAAGAAACUUUACAAUGUUGAUGAAGGGCAUCUUGCAUCAAUGGAAGAGAAGUACAGGAUUCUGAGUGAUGAGUUGGAGCGCCUGGAGAAAGAAAGCCAAGCGGAUCGAUUGCUGGUCAAAAGAAAUGAGAAACUCAAAUUUCAGACUGACCUGGAGAAGCUCCACAGCUAUCUGAGUGAACUGGAGUCUUUCAAAGCCAACCUGGACAACAAAGUGUCUGGAUUGGCUGAUGAGCUGGAAGCCUCAGGACUACAGUUGGAGACCCUGAAACAGGAGCAGUCUCGACUUGAACACAUCCUGUCCACUCAGACGUUCACCCCUGCAGACGUUGAGAGAAUCAACUGGGAGAAGAGGGAGCUGCAGCAGACCAUUAAUAGCCUUACUAAGAACCUAGAGCAGGUCAAGCAGCACAUGUGGAACGAGGAGAUUACUCUGGCCAAGAUCAAGGGAACGGCUGACGUAAAGUUAGCUGAAUACCACAAACUAGCCCGCCAACUGAAGCUCAUCCCAGCGUCUGCCCAAAACGCCUGUGGGCACAACUUUGAGAUCUGCACCAGCUUAGACUACGAAACGUCCACCAUGGUUGAAUACAGAAUACAGAUUCAAGAACCACUAAGGAAACUGAUUGCUGAUGUGGAAGAGGAGUGUAGUCGAAUGACCAACACCAAACUAAGCCUGGAAGAUUCCAUAGAACAGGUGAAUUCCAGUGUCUCUGAUAAAGCCAAUGACUUGAAACAACUGCGAGAGCAAAUCCGCAGACUUGAUGAACAGCUUGAACAAGACAUGCUGGACUCAGCCCAGGAAGAGCAGAAAUGGGCAGCUGAGGUGGAGUCUGUGGAGAACCAUUACAAGCUGCUGCAGAAAAAGGUGUUCCUGGGUUUGGAUGAGGCCCUGGAACAGCGGAAAGCUGUACAGCAACAGUACCCCGUGGUCCUGCAGGAAACAAAAGAAGAGUCGCGAACUGUUCUGAAGAACCUGGUCAGUGUCUUCACCACCGCUGCCAACCACCUGUCCAUAGUCGAGAAAUUUGUUGAGGAUCAGCACAAGCGAGUGGACCGGGUCUAUACUGUGUUCGAGAAAAACGAGGUGGAACUCCAGACUAUGAUGGACAUGGUGGAGAGUAUUAUUGCUAAAGCAAGAACCUUGUAAUUCCACCUCAAGCUGGGCAGAGUAUGCAGCUUCUCAUUCAUUAACCUUUUGUAAAGUACUUCAUUGUUAAGUGUCUGUCUCAUGUUAUUUUCUAUCUGUUGACAUAGAUCUAUCCACUAUGGGGCAGUGUAAGGCUAGAUUUUUACUGAAGUAGGUUUAGUCAGCUGAAAAAUAUGAUUUGUUUUUCUUUGGAUUUUUGUCUGAUAAAUGUUUAUAUUCGUAAUGUUGCCAUAUUGGUUAACUUUAUUGUCUUUCUGCUACUAAUGAAUAAAACCCUGCUUAAUCUGACAGAUUAACAUGUUGUAAUUUCCUAGUAGUCGGUCAGAUGCUCAUUGUAACCACACCAAUUGGGUAAAAUUGUUUGAUUUUGUGAAAUAAAAAACAAUAAAAUAUGAUUAGUGUCCAGUAAAAA